ACACCAAACGACAAUGAACGAAUGCAAAACACGAAAUAAAUAGAUUUGCACAGCAAUUUUUACAGUAAAUAAACAAUGGAAAUGAAAUUAAUAAAAGACACGAAAAUAUAAUUAAAAAAGACAGUAAAUUUAUUUGAAAUUAGUGUUUAAUUAGGAAAAUUCCAAACAACAAGAACAAACUCUGCUAAAAAAUUAGUUCUAGCGUUCUACAAGAACUUGUGCCGAAAAGUCACGUACGUGCCCAUAUACCGCACCAACGCGAAAUCCACUUGUGCUACAUCCAAAAUCCCCGCAUCUCCCGCCCGUAGAACCACCACUUACACUCCCUUAUAAGUAAUAUCUUACAUACACAAACACAAUGAUCAAAUUGAAAUCAUUGUUCCGCAGAGGGCAAGGACCCUCGGGUUCGUCCAAGCACUCCUCAUCUAGCAGUCGUCAUAAAUCGCAGUCCACCACUUCGUUGAAUACAGUCGGGAACAUCCAGGAGCCAACACAACAACAAGCAGCUGCCUCCGCAUCCACAGCCACCUUCUAUCCGCCAAUCGAUCCGACCACAGAGCGGGGCGUCGAUGUGGGCGACGGUGAAUUGAAUAUUACAGCACCGAUAGCAGCACGUACACGCAGUCACACACCCGAGUCGGUGCGCAGCACCAACGCGAACAACGCCACCAACAGUGCCAAUACUUUGCCGCACAAGAAACCAAAGGUCGCCGGCACCACCAAGAAGGGCCAAAAGCAGCCGAAGCAAUUGCCCGCCAACAACGUUACUAGCGCUCAGUCGCCACCGCCACCAACACGCGCCGAAGUAGUGGUUGCUGCCGCACCAGUUGGUAAUGUAAUGACAACAAUAGCCGCCGCGCCGGGAAGUCACAAUUCCACGGUUAAUACAGCGGCAGCGGCAGUAGCAGCAGCCGCAGCAGCAACAAAUAAUAAUUACACAGGCAGCGAUUUGAUUAACGCACCGUCCGCGCAGGCGCAGCUACCGACACAACGUGGUGUUGCCACCUCGCAAGCUGAAGCGGGCAUCGAUCUGUACAAGUUGAAUGCGGCCAACUAUCAGCAAUUCAUCAAUAACGAGCAACUAUUGCAACAACAACAACAGCAACAACAACAAUUGUUAGAGGCUAACACCAAAAUGCAGGAUUUGCAAGCGCAGCUAGAACGUUUGGGUCGUGAGAAAUCAUUACUGGAAGCGCGCAUCGCCGAAUUACUGCCUUACCAGACUGAAGUAGCCAAAUUGAAGACAGAGUUGCAUAAGAUGCAGACCCAACAAGAGAAAAGUCAAUUGGAGGUGGCAACUCUCAAGUACGAAAAUGAAUCGUUGCGCAAUCGUUUGCGCGAUGUCGUCAAUUCACCGUUAUCGGAUGCGGAGAAACAUCAAAUUAUACAAGAUUCACAGCGUUUACAUAGUUCGGCGCCAGCAUCAAUUGCAUUGCCAAGCACGACCGACAACGAUGUGGGUACACCCUGCCUUACGCCCGACUGGGACAAACACUCUUCGUCUAGUGAAAUUUCGGUGGCCUGUCUGCAGGAUAAGAUCAUCCAAAUGGAAGAGACCCAUUACUCCACAAACGAAGAACUUCAAGCCACACUCCAAGAGUUAGCCGAUUUGCAAGCGCAAUUGGGUGAUGCGCAGGCGGAGAACGAACGCCUUGCCGAAGAGAAGGAUGUACUGUUCCAGACACUUUGCCGCCAAACUGAAAAACUGAACGAUUCACGCACCCAGAUAAAUACACUACGCACGGAAAUUAGCUCCUCCGAGCGUGAACGCAAGCUACUGGAUCUGAUCAAGACAUCGCAAGAGGAACGCGAAACGAUACUCGUCAAACAGGAGGAACUCAAUGCAGAAUUGCAAGAGUUGCGUCAACAAUUGGACACUGCCAUGUCGGAAUGUACACGCGCACGGGAACGCAAUGCACUACUCGACUCUACUGUCGAUGCGGCGAAUGCCGAACGCAAACAAAUGGAAGCACAGCUGACGCAAGCCAAAGAGGAGAUCUCACAGCACAGCAUCGAAAUAAGUCGUUUAAGUACGCUGUUAGAAAAUGCACGCUCCAAGAUCGAAGAGCUGGAGCAAGAUUUGGCACGUGGGGAAAAGACGGAUCUUUCAGAUUUGUUAGAUGCGGCGCGCAAAGAAAAAGAUACACUCGAGGAGCGUGUGGCUGAGCUGCAGGAUCAGUAUUCGCGCGGUCAAGCGGAGAUUAGGCGACUCAAAGAGCAACUGUCCGGCGUGACAGAGGAGUGUAAAGUAGCUAAGAAUAAUGCAAAGUGUGCCGUCUCGCACUUAGAAUAUCGGCUUGAGCAGUUGCAGGAGGAGAAGGACAAGUUGAGUGGCGAGCAUCAGCAGCUAGUCGAGAGCACGGGCGAAUUGCAAGUGCAGUGCAAAUGCCAUCUGGAGGACAAGCAACAACUACAAAAUUUACUCAGCGAGACUCAAAAGCAUUUGGGUGAUGUGGAGAGCAAACUGAAUUCGACCGAAAAGCAGCUCGAAGAGGAAGUGAAGUUACGUAAACAGGAGGCGGAUGAAUGGCAACAAUUCCAAUCGGAUUUGCUUAUGACGGUCCGUGUUGCCAAUGAUUUUAAGACUGAAGCGUUGAGUGCGCGCGAACAGCUCGUGCUUGACAAUAAAACACAAAAGGAGAAGAUACGUCUGCUGGAGCAGCAAAUCGAGAAGCUGACGAAACAACAAAUGCAACAGAAUGAAACACAGCAAUCGGUGUUGACCACGGUUCAACAGGAAAUGGCUUCGCGGCGCAGCAAAGUCGGCAGUAGCCUGAAUCGGCAAGAUUCACGAUUGUCGGUGAAAACACUCAUCGAGAGCAUUGAAAACAAUAAGCCCAAAGUCGAGGAGACUGAGUCACAUUACAGUUCCACAUCCAGCUUAAACAGUAGUGCACCUGAUAUAACAAACUAUCUGGCGCCAACGACAGUCAGCAAUAAUGUAACAAAUAACGACUGGAGUGAAAAUGUGCGUCUGCAGAGCACAACAACAAAUAACACCAGCAAUAACAUUACCAACAGCUCUAUUCCUUCCAAAGGACCAUUGCGCGAGCAACAACAGCAUCAACAAACGCCGGCAGCUACAACACAGUCUGCUUUGGUUUCUAAUCUACACCACUUCAGUGCAUUAAACAACGUAACCGGCAAGUCGCUGAUAUGUGGCGAACGGAAAGAUCCUCUAAAUAUGUUGGCCAAAAAUGGCGGUUCGAAACGUAAUGCGCUGCUAAAGUGGUGUCAAAACAAAACUGUGGGCUAUCGUAAUAUUGAUAUAACGAAUUUCAGUUCGUCCUGGAAUGACGGUUUGGCGCUUUGUGCGAUACUACACUCCUAUCUGCCAGAUCGUAUACCCUACGAUACGCUGAAUCCAACGAAUAAACGACGUAACUUCUCGUUGGCAUUUGCAGCAGCCGAGUCUGUAGGCAUACAAACGACGCUGAAUAUCAAUGACAUGUGUCAAAUUGAAAGGCCCGAUUGGACGCAGGUGAUGUCCUACGUUACGGCAAUCUAUAAACAUUUCGAGACGUAGGCGCAUUCCUAUACAUGUCAAUCUCGCACCCGCACACAUACGUAAACCACGGUCAGAUUAGCGAGUCGACACUUGUGCUUUGGAUACGAUGUGGGUUGCGUUUCUGGUGCCCGGGCGUGCGUACUCGACCAGUCAGUCCAGGAAUUGACGAAAAUGGAAAAUAUUAAGACUUAAACGCAGUAUACUGUAGACUUACACACAAAUACGUUAUUUAGUGGCAAUGGCGUAACACAUAUAUAUGUAUCCACUAUUAUCACACUCUUGUUCCAUAGUGUUUUAUUUUCAUUUUUAUUAUUAUUGUAAUUAAUUUACACAUAUUUAUUUAUUGAAUAAAAGAUUGAUAAAAAAUCGAAA